CACUGAUUUCUUUUGUAACUUGAUGUGUUUUAGCUCUUGAUGCCACCCUCUGCAGAAGUGCUGUGCAUUUUGGGAGCUGGGGUUCAAGCCCAUAGCCAUUAUGAUAUUUUUACAGAGCUGUUUUCAUUUAAGGAGGUCAGGAUGUGGAAUCGCACGAAGGAGAAUGCUGUGAAGUUUGCUGGCUUGGUGAGGGGUCCGGUGCAGGUUUGCUCUUCUGCUCAGGAGGCCGUUAUUGGGGCUGAUGUCAUUAUAACAGUUACCAUGGCGACAACACCUAUUUUAUUUGGAGAAUGGGUAAAACCAGGCGCCCAUAUCAAUGCAAUUGGGGCAAGCAGACCAGACUGGAGAGAACUGGAUGAUGUAGUGAUGAAGAAUUCUGUGCUGUAUGUGGAUUCCAGAGAGGCUGCUUUGACUGAAUCGGGAGAUGUUAUAUUAUCAGGGGCAGAAAUUUUUGCCGAGUUGGGAGAGGUAGUGAAAGGGACAAAACCAGCGCUCUGUGGGAAAACAACAGUGUUCAAAUCACUGGGGAUGGCCAUUGAAGAUACAGUAGCAGCAAAAUUAGUUUAUGAUUCCUGGUCAGCUGGUAACUAAAACUGGAGAGCCUGCAAUAUCAAGACAGGCAUAGCAGUAUGAAGUCAAUAGUUUGCAUUUGGCUUUUGGGCACUUUCUUUUCUUUACACAGAAAGGUAAUAAUCUUACAUGUUAUAUACAAAACUUUUUCAUAACUUUCAAUCAUCAACUUUAAAACCACAAACUGUGCAGUACAUAAUCCUGUAUUUUUAAGGACAGGUAUCUAAUGUUUGUGUUGCUAACAAAUGUACUUCUGUGUAUUAUCCUUAUAGGACAAAUGAUUUACCACUCCAUGCAUCUUUCGUGGAGAGCUUUGAGAGCUAAUUGGUGUUAUGGUGGAAUAUGCCAGUUUGAAGAUUAGAGUUUAAAUGUUCUGUCAUGG